GGAACAGUGUGAGGCUAUUGGCUUGGUGGUGGCAUCUCACCUUGCUUUUCCUUGUCUGGUUGGGAGACCCCCCCCAAGCUUGGAGCGUCUGUACAUGGAAUAUGAAGAGGAUGAUGAUAUUUCCUUUGCAAAAUGGAUGAGCAGCUUCUGGGGCCACAACUUGAUUGAUGAGAAUGAGAAAGAGGGUAGAGGCCACAAGAAACGUCAGGCACAUCUCUUUAGUGAAAGGAGAGCCUCCCUUCCGGCCAGGCUUUCCUCCCUCCAAACAGCACGACUUCAUGCUUCUGCCAAAGGCUCAUCUUCAGGCCAUCUCAAGGGCUCCAAGGAAUUUCAAGAAGACCAAGAUGCCAAAUGCCACUGCCACAGGAAGGCAAGCAGAACACCUUCAGGAGAAAGCUCAUGCUCAGAGACAAGAUCAAACUCCAUCCAGGAAUUUGCAGAGUCCUUUGAAAAGCAAUUGCAUCUCAAAAACAAACGCUCAGUUUCUUUGCAACCUGAAGGCAUGAAGGAGAGAAGAGAAAGAGAGAGACUACAUUUGAGAAAAAACAAGUCUCACAAGAAAAUGGAAGAAAAAUCAGAGCCAAGGAGAGAGCAGAAUGAAGAUGAAGGUUCAGAAGUUGCACCUGCAAACCACAACAAAGAGUUUCCAUCACAAGCAAGCACUGAGAAAAGAUAUUUAUGCUCAGGCAGCUAGAAUGUGUUGGGAUAAUGAAUUUUAACACUCUCCCUGAAGUGCAGAGGGAGCAUUCUUGUUUUGUUUUGCCUAGAAGAGACCUGUUAGCUAGAACAAACCCUGACCAGUAAAAUAAAAGUAAAAUUCAACUGCAUCAUU